AUGGCUAAGAAGUCUGCUGCAAAGGGCAAGCAGCCCGCCGACCCGGCCAUCGUCCCAGCCGAACCAGCUCUCGGAGGUGCGGAGGACGCGCCGGUGGUGCUGCCUGCGAGGGAACCGGCGGCCAAGGUCAACAACGCGAGUUUGACGGAGCUGAAGAUUGCGCUGGACGAUGUUGUCAAGGAGUACUUCUGCCUCCCGACACACCGCUUCACCCGCUCGCACGCACACGAAGACGUUCGCCUGGCGCUCGGCUGGACAAGCGUGGCGGUCGCAGCAGCGACAGGGUACUACGGCUACGUAACCGAGUUCCACGAGAGCAAGUACUGGGUUUCCGUCGGGGUCGUCCUAUACGUCGUGCUGAAUACGGUGCUGGCACUGUAUGUCGCGUAUGUCGAGAAGAAUGUCAUCUUUGUCGGAAAGCGACGAACGAUCGCCUCGAGGAUCUCGACCGAACGCCUCACCAUCUCCUCCCUCGCCUUCUCCUCGCCCACCUCGCACACCACCUCCUCCUGGAUCCCCUUCCCUCUCUCGCUCCUCGCCUCUCACUCGCAUUCUCCUCUUUCUUCCUCUCCCUCCCAAGCAGCAACAUACCCGCUCUACUCCCUCACACUUGAAUACACCCACUCCUCAAACGCCAACAAAUCCCUCCUCGCUUCUUCUUCUUCCACCCUCGCACGGAGCUUCGGGGAGAUGGUAGACUCUGAGGGACGAGUCGCGAGGGGAGAAGCGGAGCGUUGGUUGGGAGAGGCUUUUGGGGAGGUCUGCGAGAAGGGGAAGGGCAGUGUGGGCGGGAGCGCGAGCGAGGGGGAGGGCAGGAAGAGUCGGUAG